UCCGCCCCAGCGGGGGGGGCGCUGACCGACUUCCGCCCCGUGGGCGUCACUUCCGGGUGCCGCGCCGCAGCCGCCGCCGCCAGGAUGAUCCCGCCGGUGCAGGUUUCGCCGCUCAUCAAGUUCACCCGGUACUCGGCCCUGCUGGUGGGGAUGAUCUACGGCAAGAAGCGAUAUGAUUACCUAAAGCCUAUUGCAGAAGAAGAGAGAAGAAUAGAAGCUGAAGAGAAAAAGAAACGUGAGGAGCUUGAGCGGAUUGCAAAAGAGCUUGCAGAAGCAAGUGAAGAGUCCAUAUUGAAAUGAACAAAAGAUUGGAUCAUGAAUUCAGACAUGGAAAUACAUGGCUAGGCUCUGAACUGUUCAGCGGUUGGUGUAUGCUAUUCUAUCAAUAAAGUACUUGGAACACUUCA